UUGUUCUCGAUUGAGACGCUCUUUCCUGUCAGUGCCCUCUAUGGUUAGCCCAGUAAUCCCACGUUAGGCGGAGCGCACGCUGCUGUGCGAGGCUGGCCCGGUGUCUGGUAUAACGGCCGGGGUGCAGCUUGCCAGGCGGUGACCAUGGCCGGGAGGACCGAGAAGCCCGGGCUGGAGGAGCUGCGCCAGUACCAUGAGAGCGACAAGCAGUGGGCGGCCCGGGAGCAAUUCCUGCGUAAACACCGACACCUCUACCCGGGCCGCAAGCUGGACCAGCUCAUCGCCCUGUCUGUGGUGUGGACCAACAUGGUCUUCAUGGGCAACCGUUAUGGGGAGCAGCUCACUCAAAAGGUUCAUGAAAUGGCUGAAGGAAUUGACCUUGGUGAAAUGCCAUCGUUUGAGCUUGUACCAGGAACCAAAGCAUUGAAAAGGCGAAGAGCUGCAGAUGAUGGUGAGCAGCCUCCAAAGAAGAGUGCUUCUAAGUUUGGUCCGCGGCCUCGUUUUCAGCCAGUGCAUUUUGUUGUCAGCACGGUAGAAGAUGACAAAAAGUUUAUUCCUACCAAAGAUAAUUCGGAUAGGUGUUUUCCAGCUGAAGAUAGUAUUUUAAAUCGUUCAACUUCUCAAAUGGUGCCACAAAGCUCAUAUUCAUUCACUUCAGAUGAGGUCUAUGUAACUGAAGAAGACUGUGAACCAGAACAGAACUCCUCAAAUGUAAAAGAACAAAGCAUACAUGAACCUGGAACCUUCAUGUCGAAAAUAGAGCAGAAUUACACGGCUAAGUAUGAAUCUCAUUAUUCAGAAAUGUCCAAAGACUUUCGCAGCAAUGUGCUAGAUACAUGGACAGAUGUAAACAAACCAGGAAGGAAAGGCUUUGGGUUUGUAAAAACGCCACACAAACCAGGAAGAUGUAUGCAAGGUCAAGGAAACCAUUCUUUACAGAAUUCAGAGAAAUCCACUUUUAUAAAACAGCUUUCAGCUGUUGUGAGACAAAAAAUGGGAGCGUAUCACAAGGAUGAUAAGCACAUAAAUUACACUUGUAUGUUAUCCAGCAGCAUUCAGGAUUGUAAGAAAAACCCAGAGUAUACAUAUGUGUCUCUAAAAGAGAUUCACCCAUUGGACCUCCCGGAAAGCUACAGGCCUCAAAGCAGUGGAUAUGCAUGUGAAGUGAGAUGCCAGGAUAUUUACUUAGCCACCGGGUACUCGGGCAGUAAAAAUGGAGCUAGAGAUAAAGCCGCUAAGAACGCCAUACAGCUGCUACAGAAACCUGUAGAAGUGAUAGCUGUAACACGAAAAUUCGGACAUGCCUACAUAGACGAUUUUGUAGUUUGGUUAACAAACACACCUUUCAAGGAAUUGCCACCUGCCUUAAAACUGCAUAGUGGUACAGAAUUGUCUCCCUUUAAUCAACAAGGAAGUGAUUUGGUAAAAGGAGGAUCCUCAUCCAAAACCUGGUCAGAUUUUAUUCUUACUGAAAAUGCAUGUGAUGCCAUAGGCAUACUGAACAACUCUGCUAGAUUUAACAAAAUGACAGUGGGCUAUACGUACGACGCGGGACCUGGCAAUACGUGGCGAUGCAGUGUGUAUGUUCAAGAUCACUAUGUAGCAGAUGGAUAUGGCACCAAAAAAAGCAGCAAACAUGCUGCAGCGGAAGCUGCUGUCCAAAUUCUCAAGAACCAGCAGUCUAAACUCCAGAAGACUAGCUACACUCAACCUCCCAGCAAUGAAACCGCGGAAUUGAAAGAUAUUAUGAUCUAUGAAAACACCUCAAAUCCAGUUUGUACUUUAAACAAUACUGCCCAGUUCAACAAAGUGACUGUAGAAUACGUAUUUGAAAAAGAGGAAGGCUUGAAUUGGAAGUGCAAGGUGUUCAUGGAGCAGACGUUUUUAGCUGAAGCAGUUGGCAUUAGAAAAGCAGUAAAACAUCUUGCAGCCGAGGAGGCUGUGAAGGCUCUGAAGAAGACUCAGCCUGUGUUGAUUAACAACAUAAAGAAUGGUCCUGUGCAAGAUGCUAUUUCAAGACAACAAAUUCAUGGGUGGUCAAAGAAAGAGGCAUCCAGGCAACAAAUUAAGGAGGAUAACAUUGGCAACCAACUGCUCAGAAAGAUGGGAUGGACAGGUGGAGGCUUGGGGAAAGCAGGGGAAGGAAUAGCUGAGCCGAUAUCUGUUACAGAACAGUUUCACCGGGAAGGGCUGGGUCUCGUAUCAAACAAACACAAAAUAAAUAAGCGUGACCUUGAACAGAUAAUUAGAGUCUAUGCUUCUUCUCAUAACCAGGAUGAUCUAACGUUCUCCAGAGGACUUAGCAACGAAGAACGAAAGCUUAUACAUCAAUUGGCUUUAAGAUUUGGCCUCAAAAGUAGAUCUCAUGGACAGGGUGAGGAAAGAUUCUUGGUUGUAAGCAGAAAAAGAAGUAAACAAGAUCUCUUAAAUGAGUUGCGACGACAAGGGCAGGUUGGAUCUUAUGCACUUGUUCUACCUGAAGAAGAACAUAAUUUGUAAGAAGACUAAGACUAAGACUUCAGUCACUAUCUACAUUUAGUUCUGUGUAAUCGAAGUGCGCAAGAAAACUUCACUUUGCAUUAGUUUGUAAUGGAUCCUAAAUAAAAAAGUUUACUAUGUU